AUGGAGCCGAUGACCGUUGCCUUGCCAACAGCUGAGCAGGACCAGGCUGACCCGCAGGUGGCACAGCUUCUCCUCGCCGCUUAUUUGGACCAACACGACCAAUGUGUUGAGCUGAUCGCUUCAGGGGUGGUGUCGGUUGACGCAUCGGCACGAGGCGACACACUUGCACCGUACAAGCGACUCCGCGGUGGCAAAAAGAAGCAGGUCCGGCCGUUACCCUCGGACUCGCCGCAGCUGCCGCUGCACAGGUACGCGGGCAGGACCGCCCUGUCGCUGGCAGUCGAGGCCGGCCACCUGGCCACCGCGCGGCGGCUCCUCGCGUGCGGCGCCAGCGCCGACGCCGCCGACUCGGCCGGCGUGAGCCCGCUGGACCUGGCGCUGGAGCGGGCGGCGCUCGCCGACGAGGCGGGCGCGGGGCGGGAUGCCGCCCUGGUGGAGGUGCUCUCGGCGGCAUCGCGGCGUGGCCCCCGCGGGGUGCCGACGGCGAGGCAGGCAGUGGAGCAGCGCGCUCUGCGCGAGGCCGCGCACAUGCGCCGGGUGCAGGCCUGCGACGCGGCGCGGCGGCAGGCCGCGGUCGAGGCGGGCCUGGCGAGGAUCAGCGGAUUGUACAGGCCUCUGCACGCGAGCGUGUACGAGCCUCCAGCCGAUUCCUUCGUAGACGCGGCCGGGGUUCAGCAGAGCGCCAGCGUACCUGGCCUCGUGAUUGCGCCCGUCUUGGACCCGCACUUUGCCGCCACCGUCUGGGAGGAGCUGGCGCAUUACGAGGCGGCGGCCCAGGAGAUGGGGCUGCCGUUUCACGAGCGCUUCGAUCAAAAUAUGGACAUGCUGGAGAUAUGCGGUUUCGCGAGCCUGUGCGAGAGAAUUCAUGACGCAGUUGCACCCUUGUGGCCUCUUAUCGGCAUUGACGAUGAUCCCCCUCCACGGUUCAUGCACGCGGUGAGAUUGGACAAUUAUCCCGGGCGGCCAGGCGCGGACCGAUUGGCGCUCAAAGUGCACCAGGACAAGUACCGGCUGACCAUCAACGUUUGCCUGCUAGCGAGCCAUGAUUUGGCAGGCUCGACGGUGGGCUUUUAUUACGACGGCGAUGGAGCGGCCGCUGGCGGGACGCGGGCUGCGGGCGGGCGUGGGGUGCCCUCCGAGGCCCAGCCGCGUGUACACGCACUCGCACCAUCCUGGGUUUGCAGCAAUUCAUUCCGGCUACGUCUGGCACAAGACAGAUCCGAUCACAAACGGCAGACGAGGCUCUCUAAUAUUGUGGGCCAGCUAGGGGAGGAUGAGGAGGAGAAAGACCGAGACCGAGAAGAGGAAGAGACUGUUGGUCCGUUCACAUGGUUUGUGCCCCAUGCACUCUGCAGGAUGCGUCGCGGCAGUGCGAACCAUGAAAGUCCGCGAUUGCAUAUUGUUGUUUGUUGA